CCCAGUCCUCCCUGCCUCCCCCCGCCACUGGGUCCAGCCGCUGCCGCCUUCUCUCGGCCCCGCCCGGCAGCCCCACCGCCUCUCUCCCUCCUUCCCCGGCGGCGGCGGCGGGAUGAGCGAGUCCGAGGCCCCGAGCCCGGCGCCGGUGCCGCAGGAACAGGCGGUGCUGGAGACCUUCUUCUCGCAGCUCGGCGUCUUCUCGCACGACCGGGCCAAGGACUACGUGGAGCGGGAGAAGGAGAGCAGCAAGAGCGCGGGCCCGACCUGGGCCGCUCUGCUGGCCGCCCUCGGGCACCUGGCGGCCGCCGAGAAGGCCUAUCAGGGCAUGGGCUUCCUGGGGCAGAAACUGGGUGGGCAGUCAUUCUUCAGUCGGAAGGAUUCCAUUCGGACCAUUUACACGUCCCUCCAGAAUGAACUGCGCAAGCUGGUUGCUGCUGGGAAGAGCUCGGCGGCUGGCAACUCCUCCCACCUGGAAGAGCUUCUCUGCCAUCUCUCUGAGCAGCUCUGUGAUUUCAUCCAGGCCCGAAUGGAGAUUGCAGAGUUCUACGAGAAGAUGUACUCCCUCAGCACGCAGAAGUCUAUCCAUUCCGUGGAGCUGGUGCACACACUGGAAUUGAUCCUGCAGAAGUACAGCUCCAGGUUCCAUCACCCGAUCCUGAGCCCUUUGGAAAGCAGCUUCCAGCUGGAGGUGGAUGUGCUGACUCAGCUGCUGAAGGCUCAGGCUGAGAUCAGCGAAUGGAAGUUCCUCCCCUCUCUGCUCAACCUGCACGGUGCCCACUCCAAGCUGCAGACCUGGGGCCAGAUGUUCGAGAAGCAGAGAGAGACCAGAAAGCACCUGUUCGGGGGGCAGACCCAAAAGGCCCUCCAGCCACCGCACCUCUUCCAGUGGCUGGCCAGGCUGAAGAACGCCCUCCUGGCCAAGUUCAGCUUCUAUUUCCACGAGGCGCUGAGCCGCCAGACCACCCCGUCGGAGAUGAAGGCUCUGACCGCCAAGACCAACCCCGACUACUGCGGCAAGAUCUCCAGCUUCAUCCGCAAGUACGACGCCCAGAACGUCUCCCUGAUCUUCGACAAUCGGGGCUCGGAGACCUUCCAGGGGCACGGCUACCACCACCCGCACUCAUACAGGGAAGCCCCCAAGGGCGUGGAUCAGUACCCGGCAGUGGUCUCCCUGCCCAGUGAUCGGCCUUUGAUUCAUUGGCCCAAUGUGAUCAUGAUCAUGACAGACCGUGCGACGGAGCUGAACACUUUGGACAAAGUGGUCCACUUCUAUGACGACAAAGUCCAGAGCACCUACUUCCUCACGCGCCCCGAACCGCAGUUCACCAUCGUGGUGAUCUUCGACUCCAGGAAGUCGGAGAAGGAUUCCCACUUUCUCUCCUUCCUCAACGAGCUCUCUGGCUCCCUGAAGAACAGCAAGCCAUUUGCCAGCCUGAAACCUGGUUCAAAGGGCUGAUGUCAAUACCACUGGCGCUAAGUCCACAUUGGAUGGUGAUUUGCUACUGAUGAGGAAAGAUGGAAGGCCCUGCACUCCUAGCAUUACACGUUCAGUUACCUCUCGAUGAAGAAAUUGGGACUGCAGUUUAUAUGUUUGAUCUGCACUCAGAUAGGAACUGCACAGACCUUUUACAAAGUGUGGUUGCUACCAUGUAAUGCUAAUGCUUACUGACAUACUGAUUCCACUUUCUCUAGUAACUUAUAAUUGUGAAAUAAAAAACACUUCAACUUGA